AACAUCUAAAAGUUGGAUGCGAUCCGCCAGAAGUAGAAGAAGAAGAAUCAGCUCUUUCACUGUGUCACUUUUUUCGUCAUGGCAGCUACCACCUGGGAAGACUCCGUCAAAAGUUUGAAAGGUGUGAUUUUAGACAUGUGCGGCGUGUUAUAUGAUGCCGGAGAAGACGGCGGCUCUCCAAUUCCAGGCUCCGUAGAAGCGGUGAAAAGGCUAAAGGCCUCGGAUCUGCAGCUGCGUUUCUGUACCAACGAGACCCAGGCCACACGGGAGGUGUUUGUAGCCGAGCUGCAGAGGAUGGGCUUUGAUAUCUCUGUGUGUGAGGUGUUCUCCCCAGCCCCGGCUGCCGUGGCUGUCCUGAAGGAGAGGGGGCUACGACCCCACCUGCUGGUCUACAAUGGUGUCCUCCCUGAGUUCGACAGUGUUGAGAAGACCAACCCAAACUGUGUUGUCAUAGGAGACGCAGCAGAGAAGUUCUCCUACCGGAACCUCAACGAUGCCUUCAGAGUUCUCAUAGCGCUGGAGAAACCAGUACUGUUCUCUCUGGGCCGAGGGAAGUACUACAAAGAGGACGAUGGCUUGAAACUGGAUGUUGGGGUUUACAUGAAGGCAUUGGAGUAUGCCUGUGAUGUAGAAGCUGAGGUCAUUGGGAAGCCAGACCCCAUGUUCUUUCAGAAAGUUCUGGAUGACAUGGGGAUUCAGUCACACCAGACUCUGAUGAUUGGUGACGAUCUGGUGAAUGAUGUGGGCGGGGCGCAACACUGUGGAAUGAAGGGUGUCCAAGUGAGGACAGGAAAAUACAGGCCCAGUGAUGAGAAGCACCCCACAGUAACAGCUGAUGGCUAUGUGGACAACCUGUCGGAGGCUGUGGAAACCAUCCUGAAGCUCCGGGGCCAGUGAGGAGAGGACCAGGAAGAACCACCUUCACCACCACAAUACACCACACACACACAACUACUUACUCUAGUACGAUCUGACAACAGGGAGUAACCCACUAACAUAGAGAGCCAUGGUGAGAUAGAGCCAAGAUGGAGGAGAUAGAAUAACACAGUCUUAGAGGAGAUAGAGCCAUGUUGGAUCCAAGAUGGAGGAGACAGAAGAACACAGUCUUAGAGGAGAUAGAGCCAUGUUGGAGCCAAGAUGGAGGAGAUAGAGCCAUGUUGGAGCCAAGAUGGAGGAGAUAGAAGAACACAGUCUUAGAGGAGAUAGAGCCAUGUUGGAGCCAAGAUGGAGGAGAUGGAAGAACACAGUCUUAGAGGAGAUAGAGCCAAGAUGGAGGAGAUAGAAGAACAGUCUUAGAGGAGAUAGAGCCAAGAUGGAGGAGAUGGAAGAACACAGUCUUAGAGGAGAUGGAGGAGAUGGAAGAACACAGUCUUAGAGGAGAUAGAGCCAUGUUGGAGCCAAGAUGGAGGAGAUGGAAGAACACAGUCUUAGAGGAGAUAGAGCCAAGAUGGAGGAGAUAGAAGAACAGUCUUAGAAGAGAUAGAGCCAAGAUGGAGGAGAUGGAAGAACACAGUCUUAGAGGAGAUAGAGCCAAGAUGGAGGAGAUGGAAGAACACAGUCUUAGAGGAGAUAGAGCCAUGUUGGAGCCAAGAUGGAGGAGAUGGAAGAACACAGUCUUAGAGGAGAUAGAGCCAAGAUGGAGGAGAUAGAAGAACACAGUCUUAGAGGAGAUAGAGCCAUGGAGGAGAUGGAAGAACACAGUCUUAGAGAAGAUAGAGCCAUGUUGGAGCCAAGAUGGAGGAGAUGGAAGAACACAGUCUUAGAGAAGAUAGAGCCAUGUUGGAGCCAAGAUGGAGGAGAUAGAAGAACACAGUCUUAGAGGAGAUAGAAGUUAAUAACCUCAUGGUCAGAGGACAGCUAGUUAGGUAAGUUAAUAACCUCAUGGUCAGAGGGCAGCUAGUUAGGUAAGUUAUUAACCUCAUGGUCAGAGGGCAGCUAGUUAGGUAAGUUAAUAACCUCAUGGUCAGAGGGUAGCUAGUUAGGUAAGUUAAUAACCUCAUGGUCAGAGGGUAGCUAGUUAGGUAAGUUAAUAACCUCAUGGUCAGAGGGUAGCUAGUUAGGUAAGUUAAUAACCUCAUGGUCAGAGGACAGCUAGUUAGGUAAGUUAAUAACCUCAUGGUCAGAGGACAGCUAGUUAGGUAAGUUAAUAACCUCAUGGUCAGAGGGUAGCUAGUUAGGUAAGUUAAUAACCUCAUGGUCAGAGGGCAGCUAGUUAGGUAAGUUAAUAACCUCAUGGUCAGAGGGCAGCUAGUUAGGUAAGUUAAUAACCUCAUGGUCAGAGGGUAGCAAGGUAGGUAAGUUAUUAACCUCAUGGUCAGAGGGUAGCUAGUUAGGUAAGUUAAUAACCUCAUGGUCAGAGGGUAGCUAGUUAGGUAAGUUAAUAACCUCAUGGUCAGAGGGUAGCUAGUUAGGUAAGUUAAUAACCUCAUGGUCAGAGGGCAGCUAGUUAGGUAAGUUAAUAACCUCAUGUUCAGAGGGCAGCUAGUUAGGUAAGUUAAUAACCUCAUGGUCAGAGGGUAGCUAGUUAGGUAAGUUAAUAACCUCAUGGUCAGAGGGCAGCUAGUUAGGUAAGUUAAUAACCUCAUGGUCAGAGGGCAGCUAGUUAGGUAAGUUAAUAACAUAAUGUUUACCUGAAGGUGCCUAAAGCCUGUAGCCUCUUGACAGACAGACAGACAGACAGACAGACAGACAGACAGACAGACAGACAGACAGACAGACAGGCAGGCAGGCAGGCAGGCAGGCAGGCAGGCAGGCAGGCAGGCAGGGUAUUAAGAGUAUAUUGAAAACCAUCCUAUAUUUUACAUAGUCAACUGCUUUAAAGUAUCAGCCAAUCAGCAACCCACCAGGUACAGCCCCACAGCUCUGAGGAGUCUGUCUACACACUGGGACACCAUUACUGUAAUAAAAACCUGAGAUGGAUUAGAUCUAGUGGACUGGGUCUAGUGGGCUGGGUCUAUAGUGGACUGGGUCUAUAGUGGACUGGGUCUAUAGUGGACUGGGUCUAUAGUGGACUGGGUCUAUAGUGGACUGGGUCUAUAGUGGACUGGGUCUAGUGGACUGGAUCUAGUGGACUGGGUCUAUAGUGGACUGGGUCUAUAGUGGACUGGGUCUAUAGUGGACUGGGUCUAGUGGACUGGAUCUAGUGGACUGGGUCUAUAGUGGACUGGGUCUAUAGUGGACUGGGUCUAGUGGACUGGGUCUAUAGUGGACUGGGAUCUAGUGGACUGGGUCUAUAGUGGACUGGGUCUAUAGUGGACUGGGUCUCUAGUGGACUGGGUCUAUAGUGGACUGGGUCUAUAGUGGACUGGGUCUAUAGUGGACUGGGUCUAGUGGACUGGGUCUAUAGUGGACUGGGUCUAUAGUGGACUGGGUCUAUAGUGGACUGGGUCUAGUGGACUGGGUCUAUAGUGGACUGGGUCUAGUGGACUGGGUCUAUAGUGGACUGGGUCUAGUGGACUGGGUCUAUAGUGGACUGGGUCUAUAGUGGACUGGGUCAUAGUGGACUGGGUCUAUAGUGGACUGGGUCUAGUGGACUGGGUCUAUAGUGGACUGGGACUAGUGGACUGGGUCUAGUGGACAGGAUCUAUGUACUGUGGAUUUAGCUGAAUAAGUGAAUGUUUUGGAUGUUGAUUUUCUCAUUUCUAAUAAUGAAACAUUGUAACAUGUAUAACAUUCAGACUAGAGGUUAGGACUUUGAUAAGGACGUUGUGCAAUAAAAAAAUCCCUGAUCCACUAA